AUGGCAAAUCUACCAGAUUUCAGAUCAUUUGAUUGUGAAGACUUAUCAAAUGCUGGUCCCCGGUGGAAGAAAUGGUUAUCGCGUUUUGAAGUUUUAAUGUUAGCCAUGAACCUCAAAGAUACCGAAGAUGACAGAGAAAAGAAGAGGAAUCUUUUACUGCAUUAUAUGGGUGAUGAGUGCUAUGAUAUAUAUGAAACAUUAAAAGAAGAAUCUGACAAAUUCUCAGACUUAAAAGAUAAACUGAUAUCGUAUUUUGUUCCCAAGUCAAACAGUGAAUAUGAAAAAUAUAUAUUCCGAAAUUCAAAACAAGAGGAAGAACUAAGAAAGAAAGCUCUCACAAAGUCAAUGAAUCUCACAACUAUGCUUGAGACGGGAAAAGCAAUGGAGUUGGCUAAAGAUCAACUGUGUGCAAUGGAGAGUGAGUCAAGUAUCCAAGGAAUAUGUGGAGUUAGUUCCUACAAAAGAAAGUGGAAAAAGAACAUUUCAUCCAACAAUUCUAGUCAUUCAAGAGAUCAGACAAAAAAGCAUCAAAGUAAUAAAGGUAAAACCUUUCAUACAAAACGAAAAUCAUGUUUCAGUUGCGGUGGAGUGUAUCCACAUGCAGAAAUGUGUCCUGCAUAUGGUCGCAGAUGUUAUAACUGUUCCAAGUAUGGUCAUUUUGCUAGAUUCUGUAAAGAAGCGAAUAGUAAAUUCAACAAGCCCAAGUUGAACAGUGUGCAAAAUGAGCCUAAACAUGAUUGCAGAGAUCAUGAACUGAGUGAAAUGAGCUCUGAGAGUCAUGAAUAUAUUCUCUCAGUGAAUGGAUCAAUGUGUAAUUGUUCCAAUAACAAUAAUUCUGCUAAAGUACAGUUGAAAAUUAACAAUGUGCUUUGUUCUAUGCUUAUAGAUAGUGGUGCAAGUGUCAAUGUACUCGAUUACAAAACUUUUCAAAAUUUAAAAAGUAGAUCCAGUAAACCAUGCAAAUUGGAAACUGCAAAUAUUAAGCUUUAUGCUUAUGGAAGUAGAAAACCCUUGUCUGUGAAGGGGAAAUUUCAUGCAGUUGUAACUUCUAAGUGUGGCAAAUGCAUCAACAUUGUAUUCUAUGUUGUUAGAUAUGCAAUUGGUUGUUUGCUCUCUUUCAAGACUGCUAGUGAUCUUGGUAUUUUGAAAAUUAUUAACUCUGUGUCAAAUGAUCGAGUGGAUCUCACUGAAAGUAUUUUAAGGGAUUAUAAUUCAAUUUUUCAAGGGUUGGGGAAAUUGAAAAACUUCCAAUUGAAGUUAAAUAUUGAUGAUUCUGUAAACCCUGUUCAUCAAAAGCACAGACGAGUUCCUUUUAAAAUGCGUCAAAAAGUCGAAAGUGCUGUUGCUAAACUGUGUGAUGAAGACAUUUGUGAAAGUGUGGAAAAUUGUCCUACUCCAUGGGUCUCUCCUAUUGUAUGUGUUCCUAAACCUUGUGACCCAGAAAACAUUCGACUAUGUGUCGAUAUGCGAGCUGCGAAUAAGGCAAUAAAGAGGGUAAAACACCCUAUGCCUCCUGUUGAUGAACUUAUACAUGAUUUAAAUGGAUAUAAAGUAUUUUCCAAGUUGGAUUUGAACCAGGGUUAUCACCAAAUUGAAUUACACCCUGACAGUAGACAUAUUACUACCUUUAGUACCCAUAUUGGAUUAUACAGAUAUAAAAGAUUGAAUUAUGGAGUUAAUGCUGCUAGUGAAAAAUUUCAAUAUUUGAUUGAACAAGCAUUGCACGGCUUAAGAGGUGUCAAAAACAUCUCAGAUGAUAUUUAUAUCAGUAGUGUAAAUGAGGCUGAGCAUGAGAAAGAUUUAAGAGCCUGUUUGCAACGUAUAAGAGACUGUGGCCUUACUUUGAAUAGGAAAAAGUGUUCAUUUUUUCAAUCGUCUAUAAAGUUUUUUGGAAAUAUGUUUGGUGAUGAAGGUGUGUCACCUGAUCCAAAUAAGGUUGAAGCUAUAAACAAGGCUGAUAGACCUUCUGAUAAGCAACAAGUUAAAUCCUUUCUUGAUGCAUCCCCAGUUGGACUUGGUUGUGUUUUAGUCCAGAAAGAAUCAGACACUGAUAAUGACCAUGUCCGUGUGAUUGCGUAUGCAUCUAGAUUGUUGAGUGAUGUGGAAAGUCGUUAUUCCCAGAUAGAGAGAGAAGCUCUUGCUGUGUGCUGGGCUAUAGAACAUUUCCAUCUCUAUCUGUAUGGUGUAAAAUUUACUGUUGUUACUGAUCACAAACCCUUAGUGAGUGUGUUUUCUAGUGUGACUGCUAAACCUUCUGCCAGGAUUGAGCGUUGGUGUUUGCGUUUACAACAGUACACCUUUAAUAUUGUACAUCGUCCAGGGAAAACUAACCCUGCUGACUACAUGUCAAGGCAUCCCAUUGAAAUGCAAAAUGUACAUUCUGAUAAAAUCACAGAAGAAUGUGUGAAUUAUGUAUGCGAGAAUACAUGUCCCAAAGCUAUCAAACUGUGUGAAAUAAAAAGUGCUUCUGAAAAUGAUAGUGUGAUACAGAAUGUGAUAAAAUAUUUGCAAAAUAACUUAUGGUAUAAGUAUAAAGAUUGUGAAGAAAUGUCUAUUUUUGCCAAAAUUGCCAGUGAACUUUGUGUGACUGAGCAAGGUAUUUUAUUACGAAGUAAUCGAAUUGUUAUUCCAGUAUGUUUGAGACGUAAAAUCGUUGACAUUGCUCAUGAGGGACAUAUGGGUAUGAGUAAAACAAAAUCUUUGUUGAGAGAAAAGAUAUGGUUUCCUGGUAUGGAUGCUAUGGUAGAAAAUGUGGUGAAAAGCUGUGCUGCUUGUGCUUCUGUUGUGAAAGAUGAGAGAAUGCUCCCUUUAAGCAUGAGUUUUCCCGAAGUUGUGAAAACUGAUAAUGGUCCUCCUUGGCAAAGUUAUCAAUUCAGACGUUUUAUGGAACUGUUUGGCAUACGUCAUAGAAAGAUAACUCCCUUGUGGCCUAGAGCUAAUGCCCAGUCCGAAAAUUUUAUGAAACCUUUGGGUAGACCACCUGCUGAAUUAUUGUAUGGUACUAAUAUCAAAGUCCUAUUGCCUGAAAUUAUUGUUCCUACUGUCGAUAAUGAUUUACGUGAUCGUGAUUGUUUUUAUAAGGCUAAACAGAAAAUGUAUGCUGACGCAAGAAAUUGUUCAAAACCGACUGAACAAAUUCAUGUUGAUGUUUUGCAUGAUAAUGAUAUUUCUGACGAUACUGUUAAUUUGAAUGCUGAUAAUGAAACAGCAGAUCCUAUUGCUGAAAGUCCAGCACCUUCUGUUCCCCCCUGUUCCAAGUAUCCAAGCAAAACGUUGUCUGCAUCGUUGACCUCUAGAACAGCAGCAGAGAGUUUGACGUCGAAGGAACCUGGAGUUUAUCAAGAUCCUUCUCAAAUCUCUGAAAAAAUUUUUCCCAAACCAAGUGCGGUGGAAAGCAGCAAGGGUGGCAGUCCAUCACCAGCUCAAGAGAGACAGAAGGUGGCGAAAAGUAAAGGCUCGGAUAUUCCCGGCACAUCAGGCAGUGAUCACAGUGGACGUUCGGUUGAACAGGGAGCUGAGAGUAAUGAGACUGGAGAUGAUCAAGAUCCUUCUCAAAUCUCAGAAAAAAGUACUUCUGAACCAAAUGCAGUAGAAAGCCGCAAGGGUGGCAGUCCAGCACCAGCUAGAAAGAGACAGGAGGAGGUGGCAAAAAGUAAAGAUCCUUCCCAAAUCUCAGCCAAAAGUUCUUCCAAACCAAGCUGGGUUAAGAGAGGCAAAGGUGGUAGCCCAACACCUGGAAGGCAGAGACCGGUGGUAGCGAAAAGUGAAGAUCCUUCUCAAAUCUCAGGCAAAAUAUCUUCUGAAUUAAGCGCAGUGGAAAGCAGCAAGGGUGGUAUCCCAUCACCUGCAAGACAAAGAAGCGAGAUGGCAAAAAGUAGAGGCUCGGAUAUUCCCGGCACAUCAGGCAGUGAUCAGAGUGAACGUUCGGUUGAACAGAGAGCUGAGAGUAAAGAAUCCGGAGUCGAUCAAGGCUCGGAUAUUCCCGGCACAUCAGGCAGUGGUCAGAGUGGACUUUCGGUUGAACAGGGAGCUGAAAGUAAAGAGACUGGAGUUGAUCCAGAUCCUUCUCAAAUCUCUGAAAAAAUUUCUCCCAAACCAAGUGCGGUGGAAAGCAGCAAGGGUGGCAGUCCAUCACCAGCUCAAGAGAGACAGAAGGUGGCGAAAAGUAAAGGUAAUGAAAAAAAUGGCUCGGAUAUUCCCAGCACAUCAGGCAGUGGUCAGAGUGGACGUUCGGUUGAACAGGGAGUUGAGAAUAAAGAAUCCGGAGUUGAUCAAGGCUCGGAUACUCCCGGCACAUCAAGCAGUGGUCAGAGUGGAUGUUCGGUUGAACAGGGAGCUGAGAUUAAAGAGACUGGAGUUGAUCAAGAUCCUUCUCAAAUCUCAGGAAAAAGUUCUUCCAAAAGAAGCGCAGUAGAAAGCAGCAAGUGUGGCAGUCCACCACCAGCUAGAGAGAAACAAGGGGUGGCAAAAAGCGAAGAUGCAACUUCACUCGCACAAUCUGAGGAACAAGAGGGAGUGUCCAAUGUUUCACAAUUUCAAUCAGCUGAGCAACAUCCGAUAUUGAAAAAUAUUAGAAAGAUGUUCAAUAGGAUUUUUAGAAGAAGCUCUGAUAUUCCCAGCACGCCAGGCAGUGAUCACAGUGGACGUUCGGUUGAACAGAGAGCUGAAAGUAAAGAGUCUAUAGUUGAUCAAGAUCCUUCUCAAAACUUGGGUAAAACAUCUUCCGAACCAAGCGCAGUGGAAAACAGCAAGAGUGGCAAUCCAUCACCAGCUAAAGAGAGACAGGAGGAGGCAAAAAGUAAAGAUAAUGAAAGAAAUGAUGCAACUUCACCCGCACAAUCUGAGGAAGAGGAGAGAGUGUCCAAUGUUCCACGACCCAAACUCGGUUCAUCUCCAUUUGAUCCUCAAUCAGCUGAGCAACAUCCAGAGCCACAAGGGGCAACAGCAGGUGAAGGAGAGAAUGAGAGAUUUGAAGACGCUUGCACUGAUAUCUUGAAGAGAUUUCCAACUUUCAAACAUUUCAAAAUGUUUGCACAAGCUGGGACAGGUCUCGCACUCAGUAUCAAUGAAAUCUCAACAAUUAUUGAAGAUAAUGCAAGUUCUGUUGAAGAUCAAAAGUUUGAGAUGCUUCAACUUUGGAAAGAAAAAAACGGAUCAAAUGCAACAUCCAGAUAUAUCAGAGAGGUUGUUGAGAAACAUCUCAAGGCAGAGAAUAGUGGUGUCACCGGUUCCAGAAUCGAAGAUGCUUUUCUGGAUGUUCCAAAAGUCUUUGCCAACGCUGCGCAGUUCAAAAGAUUUGCAUUGUCUAGGAAAGGUUUAUCGCUCAGUAUGCUGGAAGUCGAAAACAUAAAGGACAAUGCAAGAUCUGUUGAAGAAAGGAAUCUGCAAAUGUUGACUCAGUGGAAAUACAAGAAUGGUGAAUCAGCAACAACUGAAAAAAUUUGGCAACUAGUAGAUGGUUUCCUGAAUGAAAGAGAUGAAUCUGACCAAGAUUCUCCUCAUCCAACAACACUCGCGCAAUCUGUGGAAGAGGAGAGAGUGUCUAAUGUUCCACUCAGUUCAUCUCUAUCUCAAUCAGCCGAUCAACUCCCAAAGUCAGAAGGGCCACCUGGAGGUGAAGUUGCACGAUGUGAAGAACCGAAAAGACUGUCCAGUGUUCCAUCACCUCAACUGGGUGCAUCUCCAUUUGGUUCCCAAUCAUCUGAACCGCUUAUGGAUCCACGAGGGGCAACUGGAGGAGAAGCUGCAAGUGGCUCUGGAAGUAUGACACUCUCUGGCGCACAUGAACAUCAGGGAACAUCCGCUACUGUUACAGUAGCAGGCAGCCAGAUUGGUCAAGCUCACCUCGGAGAACAAAACAUCUCAACACAACAGAUCUUUCAUACAACAAACAUCCAUCACCAUUACACUCCUGAUCGCCAUAGACGCUCUGACACUCAACCAACCAAUACAUCAAGUAAGCAGGAAGCAGCUAUAGGAGGGGGGAGUUAUACAGAAAAAGUCCAAGAAUUCAAGCAUGCCAUCAACGAUUUAACUAGGAGAAGUGCAAAGCCGAUUGAAAAGAAGUAUCUCAAAACCCCCGAUUACAAAACCAAUCCCAAAACAGUAGAAGUUGACUAUUACCAAACCACAGUACAAGAAUCCGAGUACAAACCAGAAGUGGGUUUCAGUCAGCAAACUCAGAAACAACCUGGCAACCCAAUAUCAAUGGAGAACUUUUUCUCAGAUGGAAAAUCAAGGGUUGCUCUGAUAGGAGGAGCUGGAUAUGGUAAAACUGAAAUGACAAAAACAUACCCCAUUAAUGUGCUUGAUGGUAAGGUACCAGAGCUUAGAAAGAUUGAGGUUGUUCAUCGCAUGGACUUUCGAGAUCUUGAGGUUCAUAGAAGAAUUAGCCCAAAAAAUUUCUUAUUUGGGAAAACGGAUUUGAAUGACGAUGUCAUUGACAUGGGUGUUGGAUGGAUCAGGCAAUAUCCUGAAAGGUUUCUUCUCGUUCUUGAUGGAGCUGAUCAAUAUUCUUCCCCCGAAAGUCUUGGAAACCCGUAUGGCAAAUGCAAUCAUAAAGUAAAAGCAGAUCCCAAGCUUAUUCUAAACCUCAUCCUCGCUGGCAAGCUCUACCCAGGCAUCCGCAUUUUUUACUCCUCACGUGAGCAUGUCAUUCGAAAUUUUGAAGGAGAGGCUCGUCCCGAGAGAGUCAUCGCAUUGGCAGGGUUCUCUAAAAAAGACGUCAUAAAACUUGUCAAAGCUUUCAGUGCAGACAAGAGUGCCUAUGUCAUGAAUCGUCUGCAGAAUGAAGCUAAGGCUAUCUUCUCUCUAUGCACCAUACCAAUGUUUCUCAUUUUCACGGUAUCCGUCUUGAUAAUCUAUGAACAAUAUAGUCCCGACACAAUGACAGAAAUUUUGUUGUUUGUCCUGCUCGACACCUUAAGAUCCGAACAUAUCACCAUGAACCAAAUAAAAACUGGAAUGUCUAUCUAUGACGUCGUUCACAGCUUGAAGAAAAUGUCAUUCAAGGGCACAAAAAACAAGAAAGUUACUUUCACCAAAUCAGAUUUACCCCCAGGAAUUACUGUGGAUCAUUUCAAAGAUAUCAUGAUACCAUUUCCUGGAUCAAUCGGGCUCAAUCAAAGGCUUCUGGAAGGACAUCUUGUUUAUUUAUUUACGCAUCAGACAAUCCAAGAGGCCCUCACUGCCCUCUACAUUGCUGAAAUGUCAAUAUGGAAAUUCAGAAAGUUUGUUUCAACCAAAAUCCAUGAAAAGCAUUGGGUCGUAGUUCGUAAAAUCCUAUGCGGCAUUAUACUCAACCCUAAAACAUCAAACAUUGCAAUGGAAAAAGAAGCUGAUGUCGGCAUUUUGAAAUCUGAUAUUAAUCUGGAGAAAAAACGAUCAAUCUUGUUAGCAAGCAUGAAGAUACAAUUUAGGCCGGGCUGGUUCCAACGUAAGAUCAAAGAAAGAGAGGCAGUGAGGAAGGAAGAUCUUCUCGAGCUGAUGCAGGCUUUAAAUGAGUCUGGAGAUGGCAUCGAUGGUAUAAUCAAAUCAUCCAUGCGUGUGAUUGAUUUCGGCUUCAUGUCUCUCACUCCAAGUGAUAAAUACACUCUGGCAUCUAUUCUUGCUCGUUGUUCACGUCUCGAUUUACUCUAUCUGCCUUAUGUUUUUCUCACAUCAUCUGAUCCCGCACUCCUUGCUUCAUCAAUGCAAAGAUCAAAACUCAAGGUCAGUACUUAG